AUGCCUCCAACGGAAACAGCGCACGACGGCAUGCUUUGUCUGUCAAGACACGAGCACUGCCCCUGGGACGAAGCCUUGAAGUCCGAAGACCUGACUUGGACAGGCAUAAAGUAUACCUGUCUUAAGAUACUACACCUGUACUGCAAAGUUUUCAACCGGGAAGAUGUCUUGGAAAUGGUACUACGAAAGACCUGCAAGUCAUGUGGUUGUGAUCGUCUGCAGCACUCCGUGUAUCACGAGGAGUUAGUCUCUGUACGAGACCGACUCGGUCUGAGGAACAAUAGGUCUAACUCAUACGAUAACAGUCUGCCCGGACUUACUGCGAAACAGACGGAGUUAUAUUUUUCGUCGCUAGCUGACCGCACCCCGACGCUAGGUGGCGCUACCGGUCAAGCGGCGUGGCGCGCGUGGCGGACUCGGGCCCUCGCGGUACAACUGCCGCAACAGGAUCUAUCGCUGGCGCACUGCAAACAUAUUGAUGACGCUCACCGCAAGCAUUAUGAGGACUUCGUCGCCGCUAGGAACGAAAUCGCCUUGGAUAUUGGAGUUGCUCUUCAGCACUUCGGCCAACCGAUGGACUGUAUGGGAUGCAACAAGUCGAUACGUAACGGAGGGAUGGCGGUACAGGCCCCAAAGAUCGGUGAAGAGGCGUACUUCCACCCAGGUUGCUUCACGUGUUCUGAGUGUGAUGAACUUCUGGUAGAAUUGGCUUACUGUACUCUUGACGGAAGACUGUACUGCGUCAGGCAUUACUCGGAGCAAUUGAAGCCACGGUGCCAUUCGUGUGAUGAGUUGUUCAUAUCUUGUCCCGGUGUUAGAUCGCUGCAUCCUAACCUCACCCUCAUCAAUCUCCUGCCUCCCCGUCAGAAAAAGUGA